AUGAACGAAGAAAUACAACAAAUCGUUGACAGAAACGCAACUCUUGAGGCAGAAAAUGCAUAUUUAUAUCAGACAAUCCGUGAUCUAACUGCGGAAUUAACUGUUUUUAAGGCUUCGCACUCGAAAUUUCGGGAAGAUUGCAUGAAAUACAUUCAAUCAUUAACAACAAGUUCAAUAUCUCCUUCAAAGGAAAUGAAUCAAAAAGUUUUUAAAUUCACAAGAGAAAUUGAAAUCCUCAAAUCACAAUUAAUCACAUCAGAAAAGAAAAAUCAAAGUCUUACAACAGAAAACGAAAAAAUCAUUCAAGAAAAAGAAGAAUUAGAUAAAACUCUACAAGAAACGAACAAUUCUGCUUUACAAAAUAAACAAAUGUGCAAUGAAAUACUUCAUUCACUUCUAAGCUUAGAAAAUACAAUGAAAGAAAAAGAAAUUGGUACAGACUUAUCAGAAUCAUUUCAAAAUAUUACAAAUGAUAUUGAUGAUCUUACGAUUUCGCAACAAUUACAUUUAAUGCAGUCAACAAUAGAAUCAAUUUCUCUAAACAUUGCACAAACUAAAGAAGUAAGAGUUGUAGAUAAAAAAGAAUUCGAAGCCAAAGAUCAAACUAUUAGAGAUCUUCAAACUCGAAUUGAAGUUCUUCAACAUAGAGCCGAUGCAAUUGAUGAGUGCAAUGCAAACUAUAUCAAGGAAAGAGAAGAUCUAAAUAAUUCUAUUUCUACUUUAAGACAAGCUUUAACAGUUAUGAAACAAGAAUUUGUUAAAGCUGAUAAAGAGAGGAAGGAACUGAUUGCAGCAAAUCAACAACUUAAGAAUGCAAUAAAGGAAUAUCAGCAGUUUAAUCAGAAACAGGAAGAAGAAUCCUCAAAUUAA